UCUUUUUAUAGUGGAACGAGAAAAGAAUGGGGGGGUCAACAUAAAAUUGUAUAAAAUAGCCAGGACGGGACAUAAGUAGCAGUGUUAGUUAGAUACGCAUUGUCUAAACAAACAAUCAACAUGUACAAGAUUCUGAUCUUCGCCUGCCUCCUGGCCUUCGCCGCCGCCAAGCCGCUGGUGGUGAGCUACGCGACGCCUGUGGCGGCCGCGUACACGGCGCCUGUGGCGGCCGCAUACACCGCUCCCGUCGCCUACUCUGCCUACUCCGCCUACUCGCCGCUCGCCUACUCUGCUUACAGCUACGCUCCCUACUCUGCCUACUACAUUUUCUCAAUCCUCGCCGCCUUCGUGGCAUUCGCCACCGCUAAGCCAUGGGGAGUGUCGUACGGGGCACCCCUGGCGUACUCCUACGCCUCACCUCUGGCGUACUCAGCACCCGUGGCGUACAGCGCCUAUGACUACGGUUCGCCCGUCGUCUCUGCCUACACUCCGUACGCCGCUGCUCCUGUCGCCUACGCCGCUAGCCCUUACUCUUAUUACCUAAAACGCUAA